UCUGCGUCAUGGGGCCCGGACCCUUCCUUCUUUUCCUGCUGCUGCUGUCAUGGGGCCCGGAGCCCUCCUUCUCCUUCUCCUCCUGCUGCUGCUGUCCGGGACUCUGGCGCUGACCCAGAAAUGGACCCGCCCCCACACCCUGGGAUAUUUCUGCACCUCCACGUCCGGACCCGGCCGCGGGAAGAACCGGUACGUCGUCGUCAUCUACCUGGACGACACGGAGGUCUUGCGGUUCGACAGCGACCCCGAGAAGCAGAGGCUGGAGCCACGGGUGCAGUGGCUGGAGCAGCCGUGGAUGGAGCAGGAAGGCGCAAAAUUUUGGGAGGAGCAGACGCGGGAGAUGAAGCACAACGAACAGCGGAGCAGAGCGAACCUGAACAAGCUGCGCGCCCACUACAACCAGAGCGAGGACGUGUCUCACACCUUCCAGGAAAUGACCGGCUGCGUAGUGGGGUCCGAGGGUAACUUGCUCCGAGGGUUCAGUCAGUUCGCCUACGACGGCACCGAGUGCAUCACCCUGAACCAGGACAUGCGCUCCUGGACCACGGCCCCCCAGGUCACCUUGCGUGAGUUGGUGCUGGUCCCUGAUGUGGAUGUCAGGAGAUACUUCCUGCAGGACACGUGCGUGCGCCGGCUUCAGCUGCUCCUGGAGAAGGGGAAGGAGAAGCUGCUCCGAGCAGACCCUCCAAAGACACACGUGACCCACCACACCAUCUCUGACCAUGAGGUCACCUUGAAGUGCUGGGCCCUGGGCUUCUACCCUGCGGACAUCACCCUGACCUGGCAGCAUGACAGGAAGGACCUGACCCAGGACAUGGAGCUGGUGGAGACCAGGCCUGCAGGGGAUGGGACCUUCCAGAAGUGGGCAGCUGUGGUCGUGCCCCCUGGAGAGGAGCACAGAUACACAUGCCAUGUGCAGCACCCGGGGCUGCCUGAGCCCCUGACCCUGAGAUGGGACCCCCCUCCUCAGACCACCAUCACCAUUGUGGGCAUCACUGCUGCCCUGGGUCUCCUUGGAGCUGUGGUCACUGGAGCUGUGCUGUGGAGGAGGAAGUGCUCAGGCAGAGGCAGGGGGAGCUACACUUAGGCUGCCUCAUAUCAAAGAUGCUUUCCACGGAAGUUGGUGUAAAUCCAUCAUUGCAGCCUCCCCUUGAGACUUGAAGGAUCCCUGACUGCUGUUUCUGCAACCAGCAUCAGAAACUGUCUGCAUCCUUAUCAGCACCAGUGAGGAGUGGGUCACCAGGCCACCCUCCCCACAGGGACCUGUGUCCUCUCCCCUGGGGACUGUUGUGUCGUAGCCAAGUUGGGGUGAGGCCACCCCAUCCUGGUCAUUCCUCAUCUGGGUUAUCUGUGUUGCUAUUUUGUCCAAGGAGAACCUUGUCCCACCAGGACCUGGGAUCCCUGGGACUUCAGCAUCACCCGAGCCUUGUGUUAGCUCCAGGACUGUGCUCAGUGAGUGCCUCAUGGGGCCGCGUCAGCCUGGGCUCAGGCCUGGGUCUGUCCUGCAGCCCCCAUCUUUUGAGUACAUGUGGUUUCUUUGACUUUGUAGAUAUUGUUUGUACCUUUUCUAACUAUUUAAAAAUCAAGUUAUUUGGGUAUUUACAUUAAAUGAUAGGGAUGUAUCUUUUUAUUAAAUGUAUUGGGGUGCAUUGGUUAAGAGGAUCAUGUAGGUUUCAGGUGCACAUUUCUAUCAUACAGGAUCUGUACAUUGCACUGUGUGCCCACCACCCAGAGUCAAACCAUCUUCCCUCACCAGGUAUGAGACCCCUCCUCCCCCAACCCCCUCCCCUCUGGGAACCAGCACACUGCUGUCUGAGUUUCAGUUUUAUGUCCCACACGUGGGUGAAAUGCUAAUAGUUCUUAGCAUUUCUUUUUUGUUGUUGUUUUUCAGAUUGUAUUUAUUUAUUUUUAGAGAGCAGGGAAGCCAGGGAGAAAGAGAAGGAGAGAAACAUGGAUGUGCAAGAUAAACAUCAAGAUAGGUUGCCUCAGGCAUGCUGCCAAUCGGGACGAGGCCCGAAACCCAGGCCUGUGCCCUCACCAGGAACUGAACUGGAGCCUUUUCAGUUUGUGGGACAAUACCCAUCCCACUUAGCUCUACCAGUCACCUUCCAUUAAAAACAAACAAACAAA